CACAGCAGCAUCAAGGCUCUACUGCUGGAAAUGGAAUAUUAUCAUCAUUUCUCCUCCGUCCCCUUAAUCCCACUGAUUACUACACUAAUCAUAUUGGGAUCGAUAUCAGUAGCACUAAUAAUCCGAAACAAAUCAGCCGCAACUACCAGAUCCGGGCACUUGGUGGGGAAAUUACCACCAGGCCCACGGAAGCUGCCGGUGAUCGGAAACCUCCACCAACUGAUCGGCAAACUUCCCCACCACCGGCUGCGGGAACUGGCCCACAAACACGGCCCACACGUGAUGCACCUCCAGCUGGGCGAGCUCUCCUAUGUCGUGAUUUCAAGUCCCGAAGCCGCCGCACAAGUGAUGAAAGCCCACGACCUCAGCUUUGCGACGCGGCCGUGGCUCCUGCUCGCCGACGUCGUAUUCUACGGCGCCAAGGACGUCGGCCUUGCGCCGUACGGCUCCUACUGGCGGCAGAUGCGCAAGAUCUGCGUGGUCGAGCUGCUGAGCUCCAAGAGAGUUCUCUCUCUCCGCCCCGUCAGGGAAUCCGAAGCCUCCAAGCUCGUUGCCGCCAUCAGCGCCACAGGAUGCGCCGGCGCCGGCGUUGACGUCGGCAAGAUUUUGCGGUCGUCGACGAGUAGCCUUGUUUUCAGGGCGGCGUUCGGGAUGGCGGCGAAUGAUACGGAAGCGAAGUUCACGGAGAUCAUUUCCGGGGUUUCGGAUGCUCUGGACGGUUUCACAGUAUCGGAUCUGUUCCCUUCGGUCAAGUCCCUUCCGGCGUUGACCGGGUAUCGAUCGCGCCUUACCAACUUGCAUCUAGCGGCUGAUGGGAUUCUUGACGACAUCAUCAACCAACACAAAUCCCGACGCCGAAACAGUAGUAGUGAGCCUGCAGCUCAACAUAAUAAUUAUUCCGACGAUCUUGUUGAUGUUCUUCUUAAUCUUCAGGAAAACGGAAGUGAAUUGGAUUCGCCGUUGACCAUCGAAGCCAUCAAAGCGGUCAUUUUGGACAUGUUUCUUGCUGGUACCGAAACAACCUCAACAACAAUAGAGUGGGCGAUGUCUGAAUUGAUGAGACAUCCAAGUGUGAUGCAAAGAGCACAAGAUGAGGUGAGACGAACCUUUUGCGGUAAAAUAUAUGUCAACGAGGAGGGUCUUCAUAAUCUCACUUACUUGGAUUUGGUUAUUCAAGAGAGUUUAAGGUUGCACCCUGCGAUCCCUUUACUUCUCCCUAGAGAAGCCCGAGAGAGGGUGGAGAUCCUUGGUUAUGAGAUUCCUUCCCAAACUAAAGUUAUCAUUAAUGCAUGGGCCAUCGGGCGAGAUCCCCGUUGUUGGAGGGAAGCUGAUAAGUUCAUUCCUGAAAGAUUCCUUGAUCGCCCGAGUGAUUAUAAUGGAAAUAAUUUGGAAUUCAUCCCUUUUGGUUCCGGAAGGAGGAUGUGUCCUGGAAUGUCAUUUGGAUUGGCUACAGUGAAACUAAUGUUGACGAAUCUACUUUAUCAUUUUGAUUGGAAACUCCCUAGCGGAAUUACUCAUGAGAGUCUUGAUAUGACUGAGUGUACCGGUGCCGGGCUCAAAAGAUACCAUAGUCUGCACUUGAUUCCAGUAGCAUAUGAUGAAAUGCUGUGAGAGGAUGGCAAGGCCAAAAGACACUACUUGGAAGAGACAGAUUGAUGUUCAUCGUCCUCAUUUCUAUGUUCUUUCUUCAAUGCUUAUGAUUAAAAUUUUAAUUAGUAU